CAGAGGCGGCCAGUGGGAGAGGCCUGAGGCCAGGAAGCAGCGAGCACGCUGAGCCUCGUGCAAGGGGCGACCCGGCUUGGGGAGCCCCGGGGAAACUUCCUGGCGGGAGGAAAGGACGCCCGCCCCGGCGCUGCCCCAAGCGAUGCGCGUCCGUGCGCCGCGAAGGCGGCUGGGGCUGCGGCGCGAACCCCGAGCCCGGGAGGACGCACGAGAAGGACAGUAGCCCGCUCUGGCGGCCACGCCAUGAAUGGGAUGGCCAACGUGAAUUCUGCCAGCCGCCCUCACUAUGCCUCCUCCAUCCCUGUGCCCCGAACCUCUUCCCAGACCAGGAUUCCCACACCCGGUGCAUCUCCCCAGCUGCGACCACGCCAGGCCGGCCUGGCCCUCAGCCCACAGCGAUCGGCCUCCCCAAGGCUGGGCAAGGAUGUGGGCUCUUCCAGAAACUCCUCGCCCAAGGCCUCCCGUGGGAGAGGCUCCCCAAGGGCUGCUGGGACAGUGAGGGAGUUGGCUGAGGGGGGUGAAGGCCUCUCCUCCCCCUGGAGCAGUCCCAGAGUAACCCCAAAAGCAAGCCCCUCCAGCCGGGCAGGGUCCAGGAGAGUUGGGGAGACACAAGGCACCCAGGGAAAGAAGAAGAAGACCCAGGAAGGGAUUGCAAUCUGCCAGACCCGUGGCAGGAGCCCACCCCAGACGAGUGUUCAUGGAGAAACUCAAAUACCAGGGGCUCCUGAAGGUCAAAAGCCUCCUAGCUGCCAAGGAAAAGAUCAGAAAGAUAUAAACUAUACACGUUCUUCAGAGUCUGCUGAUGGAGCAGCUUCAGGGGCUUCCUCUCCAGCUUACAGCCCAGCACAGAGCAAGCACCCCUCUCCCACAUCAGGGGCCAUUAGCUUCUCCUCGGUCCAUCAGCAGAGCCAGCCCAUCACGGCCACUGUGGCCCCCUUCCGGUACAGGUUGCAGACAGACCCGGAGCCUGGCCCCAUCCCUCGGAGCAGCUGGGCUGUUGAUGGCUACUCCAGUCCCCCAAGCAGGACAGAGGACAGCUUCUGCAGUGUGGACGCGCAGAUCGUCCAUGCGCUCCUCGCGGGCAGAAUGCUGGGCAGCAGCGUCAAGAGCGCGCAGCCUGAGGUGGAGCUGAGCAGCGGUGGCGGCGACGAGGGCACGGACGAGCCGCGGGGAGCCGGCAAGAAGGCGGCUGCAGCCGACGGCCGAGGCAUGCUGCCCAAGCGCGCCAAGGCGCCCGGCGGCGGCAUCGGCAUGGCCAAGGCCAGCGCAGCUGAGCUGAAGGUCUUCAAGUCCGGCAGCGUGGACAGCCGUGUACCUGGAGGGCCACCCACCUCCAACCUGCGCAAACAGAAGUCGCUCACGAACCUCUCGUUCCUCACUGACUCUGAGAAAAAGCUGCAGCUGUAUGAGCCCGAAUGGAGCGACGAUAUGGCCAAGGCACCCAAGGGUUUGAGCAAGAUGGGGUCUAAGGGCCGCGAGGCCCCGCUGAUGUCCAAGACACUGUCCAAGUCUGAGCACUCGCUCUUCCAGGCCAAGGGUAGCCCGGCGGGCGGCGCCAAGACACCCCUGGCCCCUCUAGCGCCCAGUCUGGGAAAACCCAGCCGGAUCCCGCGCGGACCCUACGCGGAGGUCAAGCCACUCAGCAAGGCGCCGGAGGCGGCGGUGAGCGACGAUGGCAAAUCGGAUGACGAGCUGCUCUCCAGCAAGGCCAAGGCGCAGAAAGGCUCCGGGCCAGUCCCCCCCGCCAAGAGCCAAGAGGAACGCGCCUUCCUCAAGGUAGACCCCGAGCUCGUGGUGACCGUGUUGGGCGACCUGGAGCAGCUGCUCUUCAGCCAGAUGCUGGACCCAGAGUCCCAGAGAAAGAGGACAGUGCAGAAUGUUCUGGAUCUUCGACAGAACCUGGAGGAGACCAUGUCUAGCCUUCGAGGCUCCCAGGUGACUCACAGCUCCCUGGAGAUGACCUGCUAUGACAGUGAUGACGCCAACCCUCGCAGCGUGUCCAGCCUCUCCAACCGCUCAUCUCCUCUCUCCUGGCGCUAUGGCCAGUCCAGCCCACGGCUGCAGGCCGGUGAUGCGCCUUCUGUGGGUGGGAGCUGCCGCUCUGAGGGGCCACCUGCCUGGUACAUGCAUGGGGAACGUACUCACUACUCCCACACCAUGCCCAUGCGCAGCCCCAGCAAGCUCAGCCACAUCUCCCGCCUGGAGCUGGUCGAGUCCCUGGACUCGGAUGAGGUGGACCUCAAGUCCGGUUACAUGAGUGACAGCGACCUCAUGGGCAAGACCAUGACGGAAGAUGAUGACAUCACCACUGGCUGGGAUGAAAGCAGCUCUAUCAGCAGCGGGCUCAGUGAUGCCUCUGACAACCUCAGCUCGGAAGAGUUCAAUGCCAGCUCCUCACUCAACUCCCUCCCGACUACACCCACUGCUUCUCGCAGGAACUCUACAAUAGUGCUACGCACAGACUCAGAGAAGCGCUCCCUGGCAGAAAGUGGGCUGAGCUGGUUUAGUGAGUCAGAAGAGAAGGCCCCCAAAAAACUGGAGUACGACAGUGGCAGCCUGAAGAUGGAGCCUGGGACUUCUAAGUGGCGGAGGGAGCGGCCUGAGAGCUGUGAUGACUCCUCCAAGGCUGGGGAACUGAAAAAGCCCAUCAGCCUGGGCCACCCUGGCUCCCUGAAGAAGGGCAAGACCCCCCCGGUGGCUGUCACUUCCCCCAUCACUCAUACAGCCCAGAGUGCCCUCAAAGUCGCAGGUAAACCUGAAGGCAAAGCAACAGACAAAGGCAAGCUCGCUGUGAAGAAUACUGGGUUACAGCGCUCGUCAUCUGAUGCUGGCCGCGACCGUCUGAGUGAUGCUAAGAAGCCCCCGUCAGGCAUUGCUCGCCCCUCCACUUCGGGAUCCUUUGGCUACAAGAAGCCUCCUCCUGCCACAGGCACAGCAACCGUCAUGCAGACUGGUGGCUCAGCCACUCUUAGCAAGAUCCAGAAGUCCUCAGGCAUCCCUGUAAAGCCCGUCAAUGGACGCAAGACUAGCUUAGAUGUGUCCAAUAGCGCAGAGCCCGGAUUCCUGGCUCCUGGUGCCCGGUCCAACAUCCAGUACCGCAGCCUGCCCCGGCCAGCCAAGUCCAGUUCUAUGAGCGUUACUGGUGGCCGAGGUGGAGCACGCCCUGUGAGCAGCAGCAUUGACCCUAGUCUGCUCAGCACCAAGCAAGCAGGCCUUACCCCCUCCAGACUCAAGGAGCCCUCCAAGGUUGCCAGUGGGCGGAGCGCACCAGCUCCUGUCAAUCAGACAGAUCGGGAAAAGGAGAAGGCCAAAGCCAAGGCAGUGGCCUUGGACUCAGACAACAUUUCUUUGAAGAGCAUUGGCUCCCCGGAGAGUACUCCCAAGAACCAAGCAAGCCACCCCCCAGCCACCAAGCUCGCAGAGCUGCCACCAACCCCUCUCAGGGCCACGGCUAAGAGCUUUGUCAAGCCACCCUCACUAGCCAAUCUAGACAAAGUCAACUCCAACAGUCUGGAUCUACCAUCGUCCAGUGACACCCACACUUCAAAGGUCCCAGAUCUGCAUGCUACAAGCACAGCAACUGGGAGCGCUCUCCCUACCUGCUUCACCCCCAGUCCAGCACCCAUCCUCAAUAUUAACUCGGCCAGCUUCUCCCAAGGCCUGGAGCUAAUGAGCGGUUUCAGUGUUCCCAAGGAGACCCGCAUGUACCCCAAACUCUCAGGCCUGCACAGGAGCAUGGAGUCCCUCCAGAUGCCAAUGAGUCUGCCCAGUACCUUCCCCAGCAGUUCUCCCAUCCCUGCCCCACCUGCUGCUCCUGCUGCGCCCCCAGAAGAAGAAACGGAAGAGCUGACCUGGAGCGGAAGCCCCAGGGCUGGGCAGCUGGACAGUAAUCAGCGGGAUCGGAACACGCUUCCCAAGAAAGGGCUCAGGUACCAGCUUCAGUCCCAGGAGGAGACCAAGGAGAGGCGGCACUCCCACACCAUCGGCGGGCUACCCGAAUCUGAGGACCAGGCAGAGCUGCCUUCCCCCCCUGCCCUCUCCGUGUCCCUGAGUGCAAAGGGCCAGCUUACCAACAUAGUGAGUCCCACUGCGGCCACCACGCCAAGAAUCACUCGCUCCAACAGCAUCCCCACCCACGAGGCGGCCUUCGAGCUGUACAGCGGCUCCCAAAUGGGGAGCACCCUGUCCCUGGCCGAGAGACCCAAGGGAAUGAUUCGGUCAGGAUCCUUCCGAGACCCCACGGACGAUGUUCAUGGCUCCGUGCUGUCCCUGGCCUCCAGUGCCUCUUCCACGUACUCCUCACAAAUCCGGAAGCUUCGGCGGGAACUGGAAUCAUCCCAGGAAAAGGUGGCCACCCUGACCUCUCAGCUUUCUGCCAAUGCUAACCUGGUGGCUGCUUUUGAGCAGAGCCUGGUGAACAUGACAUCUCGCUUACGGCACCUGGCAGAGACUGCAGAGGAGAAGGACACUGAGCUGCUGGAUUUGCGGGAAACCAUAGAUUUUCUGAAGAAAAAGAACUCUGAGGCUCAAGCAGUCAUUCAGGGAGCCCUGAAUGCCUCAGAUACUACUCCCAAAGAGCUCCGGAUCAAGAGACAGAACUCUUCAGAUAGCAUCUCAAGCCUCAACAGCAUCACCAGCCAUUCCAGCAUCGGCAGCAGCAAGGAUGCUGAAGCCAAAAAGAAGAAGAAAAAGAGUUGGGUCUAUGAGCUUCGAAGUUCCUUCAACAAAGCCUUCAGUAUAAAAAAGGGACCCAAGUCUGCUUCCUCGUACUCUGACAUUGAGGAGAUCGCCACGCCUGACUCCUCAGCCCCCUCCUCCCCUAAACUGCAGCAUGGCUCCACGGAGACAGCCUCACCCUCCAUCAAGUCCUCCAAUUCGUCUUCUGCGGGUGUCGAUGUCCCCGAGGCGCCUGCUCACUCAGCCCCCCACCCGAGGCUCUUCCACACCAAUGAGGAGGAGGAGCCAGAGAAGAAGGAGGUAUCAGAGCUGCGCUCUGAGCUAUGGGAGAAAGAGAUGAAGCUUACAGACAUCCGCUUGGAGGCUCUCAACUCUGCCCACCAACUGGACCAGCUUCGAGAGACCAUGCACAACAUGCAGCUGGAGGUGGACCUGCUGAAAGCAGAAAAUGACCGGCUGAAGGUCGCCCCUGGCCCCUCCUCAGGCUGCACUCCAGGGCAGGUCCCUGGAUCCUCUGCUCUGUCAUCCCCUCGCCGUUCCCUUGGCCUUGCACUUACCCAUUCCUUCAGCCCAAGCCUCACAGACACAGACCUAUCACCCAUGGAUGGCAUCAGCACCUGCGGUCCAAAGGAGGAAGUAUCCCUUCGGGUGGUAGUACGGAUGCCCCCUCAGCAUAUUAUCAAAGGGGACUUGAAGCAGCAGGAAUUCUUCCUGGGAUGUAGCAAGGUCAGUGGAAAAGUUGACUGGAAGAUGUUGGAUGAAGCUGUUUUCCAAGUAUUCAAGGACUAUAUUUCCAAAAUGGAUCCAGCCUCCACGCUGGGCCUAAGCACUGAGUCCAUCCAUGGCUACAGCCUCAGCCAUGUGAAACGAGUGUUGGAUGCUGAGCCCCCAGAGAUCCCUCCCUGUCGUCGAGGUGUCAAUAACAUAUCAGUCUCCCUCAAAGGUCUGAAGGAGAAAUGCGUGGACAGCCUGGUGUUCGAGACGCUGAUCCCCAAGCCAAUGAUGCAGCACUACAUCAGUCUCCUGCUAAAGCACCGUCGUCUUGUGCUCUCGGGCCCCAGCGGUACAGGCAAGACCUACCUGACCAAUCGGCUGGCUGAAUACUUGGUGGAGCGCUCGGGCCGCGAGGUCACUGAGGGCAUCGUCAGCACCUUCAACAUGCAUCAGCAGUCUUGCAAGGAUCUACAGUUGUACCUCUCCAACCUGGCCAACCAGAUAGACCGGGAAACAGGGAUUGGGGAUGUGCCCUUGGUGAUUUUAUUGGAUGACCUGAGUGAAGCAGGCUCCAUCAGUGAGCUGGUUAAUGGGGCCCUCACCUGCAAGUAUCAUAAAUGUCCCUACAUUAUAGGCACCACCAAUCAGCCUGUAAAAAUGACACCCAAUCAUGGCUUGCACCUGAGCUUCAGGAUGCUGACCUUCUCCAACAAUGUGGAGCCAGCCAACGGCUUCUUGGUGCGUUACCUGCGAAGGAAGUUGGUGGAGUCAGAUAGUGACAUCAAUGCCAACAAGGAAGAACUGCUUCGAGUGCUGGACUGGGUACCCAAGCUGUGGUAUCACCUGCACACCUUCCUUGAGAAGCACAGCACCUCAGACUUCCUCAUUGGCCCUUGCUUCUUUCUGUCCUGUCCAAUUGGCAUUGAGGACUUCCGGACCUGGUUCAUCGACCUGUGGAACAACUCCAUCAUUCCCUACCUACAGGAAGGAGCCAAGGAUGGGAUCAAGGUCCAUGGACAGAAAGCUGCGUGGGAGGACCCAGUGGAGUGGGUCCGGGACACUCUUCCCUGGCCAUCAGCCCAACAAGACCAAUCAAAGCUGUACCACCUGCCCCCACCCACUGUGGGUCCUCACAGCAUUGCCUCACCUCCAGAGGACAGGACAGUCAAAGACAGCACCCCAAGUUCUCUGGACUCAGACCCUCUGAUGGCCAUGCUGCUGAAACUUCAGGAGGCUGCCAACUAUAUUGAGUCUCCAGAUCGAGAGACCAUCCUGGAUCCCAACCUCCAGGCGACACUCUGAGGGUCCAACAGUCACUGUCACCCCAGACAGCAGAAGGUGGCAUCUGCUUCGUUAGCUCCUCCUCUCCCCUCUUCUCUCAAAGCACUGACUCUCUGGCCCCGGGAGGAGAACAGGAGGGAGGAGGAAGACAAGAAGAGGCAAGGCUCUUGGUGCUGCACUUUUGAGAACUCCUAGUAGGGAUUUGGUGGGGUGGCAUUUGGGAACUGUGUCACCUAAAUAGAUUUACUGGCCUCCUCUCAUGACCUUGGGGAAAAGAUGAUUCUGGGUCUUUUCCUUGUUUUCUUGUUUCAAUUACAAACUCCUGGGCUUUCUGAGGAAGGGUUCAGAAGACAUCAAAAGACUCCGCAGCAGUUCCUAGCUGAUUCUCAUGAGCACCUCUGAGACAGUCACAGGAGGGGAAGUCUGAGGAGGCAGGAAGCUUCGCUUGCUGACUUUCUCGCAGCCCCUUCCCAAUUCUAUCACCACUGCCAACGACUCUUCCCCCAGAGAUCUGGCUGGAGCCCAGAAAACAAGCAUGUGGUUUUAAAAAUGCAUAAAUCAACCUGUAAAUGGUAACAGGCAAUGGAAAAGAUGAAGCUGGAGAAAGGGGACCCAGUUGCCAAAGUAAAAAAGCAAGCUGCCAGCUCUUGCCUUCUGGAUGACAGGGGAUGUUGACAAGACGGCUUCUCAUAUAAGAAGUCACCACAUCACAAAAGUAACAUUGCAGCCUUUAGAGAAAGACCGGUAGCUCUGUCUUUCUACCUUCUAAUUUAACAUGCGUGAGAGUCAAUAAACCCUACUUUUUUAUUUUU